AUGUGGGACCCGAGUCAGGUAGUAGAUUUCAUUGUGUCUGCUGGCGAGAACCGAUACUCUACCUUGGGCGUAUUAGCAUCAAUUAAAUUCCUCUACCUGACACCUGAAAAGCUGUGCAACGCUUUGAAAGAGGAAAAUGUACUCAAUGUGCUUAAAAAUAUGCUUGGAAAACUCUACGAAAGAAAACAGUUGUUGCGUCUAGUUGUUGAUGAGGCGCAGUGUGCAACAACUGGGGGAGUUGAUUUCAGAAAGGAUUAUGGCAAUCUUUCACUUUUCCGCAACUGUUUCCCAUCUGUACCGGUCGUUGCACUAAGUGGUACUGCUUGUGACCAAACUCGAAGAGAUAUUAUGGCUACACUUCAUUUACGCAAUCCUUUUGUAUCUGUACGUCCAUGUAUACGUGAAAACUUAAAAAUUUCAUUGACUCCCAAAAAAUCCAAUGAAGAUGCAUUCAAGUUGAUGACUGUAUCUUUAAAAGAUGAUUUUCCGAAUCAGUGUGGAAUCAUUUACUGCAUCAAGAAAGCCGACUGUGAAAAGCUUUCGACAUUUCUGGUGAAGGAGGGUUAUUCGGCAACCUUUUACCACGAUGUACGGUUCGUUUUCCACUUGUCUAUGCCAAAGUCGAUUGAGAGUUAUUACCAGGAAUGUGGAAGAGCAGGCCAUGAUGGACAAUUAGCUUUCUGCAUAAUGUUCUACAAGUUUUCGGACUAUUUCGAUCAACAAAGCCUGAUUUAUUAUGAUCCACUUGGCAAUAAAGUGGCAGAAAUCCAAACCGCUGAACUGGUAAAUCUGAAAAAGGUGGUAACUUUCUGUGAAAACCGCACAGUUUGUCGUAACGUCGGAAUUUCAAGUUUCCUUGAUGAAAUACCACGCCCAUGUGAUGUUAAUUCACUAGCCAUUUGCGAUAUUUCCGAAUCACAAGACCGAUAUGACGAAGUUGAUGUUAUCCAACAUGUUCGUGAUGUAAGGGAUACUAUUAUGACCAAUUUUUCGACACGUUUCACCACAUCCUUUCUUGUGAAUAUAUUCCUCGCCAAACAAUUAGACAAAAAGAGGGCCUUGUAUACUGGCGAUGUAAAGGAUUGCGCGAUGUACGGCAAAGGUGCGGAUUGGAAUGCCGAUAAUGCCUACAGGUUUAUUCAAAAAAUGAUAUUGGAUAAUGUAUUAGAAGAAUGUUUGGUGUGUGAGCCUCCUCGACCAGCUUACGCCAUUAUCCGCAUUGGAAGCAACUGGCCAUUGGAAAAGUAUUCUUUUUUGAUGGUUCAAGCAGAAUCAACUGAGCAGUCGAAUCGUCCGAAAAAUAAUUUUAGAGCUGAAUAA